UUCAAUGCAAUGCUGCCAUUUUAGAGUCAAAAUUAGAAUGGUAAAUGAAACGACUUUUUUCGCAAGAGCAUCGCGUCCGUCCUUAUCAAGCAUAUUUAGCAUGAUAUCUACGAAAUCAAAUCUGCUUUUGGUAACAAAUCAAUCAAAAAAUGCAAUCCUUUAUAAUAUCCUUGCUAAAACCCAUUAUUAUUACAUUUUAAUUCAUUCUCACCAUUAGAUCCAUUCAGUAUUGAUUUUAAUGCAAGGGUUAAAUUAGUGUUCAAAUCAUUUAUAAUUCAACAAGACCAAUCAUGGAGAGUAAAAUGUCAUCAGUUCGUUCUUAUGAAAUGAAAACCUGUGAUCUAGAACCCAUAUCGUUGAAAGAACUAUCAACAACAUUGCAAGAUCAUCUUUCAAAAAUUUAUGGUCAUGUUAAAGUAUCGGUUGUUAAUUGUCCUGAUCUAUCAAAGGAACCAUUCAAUCUAGCUGGUUCUUAUCUCGGAGGGAAAACGGCUAUAGCUGACCUUGGUGGUAUUCCUUACUUGGUGCCAGUUGGAUACGCAGCAGCACCAAUCUAUCCAUUGAUACAUUUGGCUAAAAAGAUGGGUUUCCAAGAUGCUCACCUUAUGGGUGCUGCUUGUGUCCCUUUUCAAAUUACCGGAUCAAUUGCUGAUUUUAUGCCAAACAUAUCUUAUUCAACUGAUGAACAAACUGGUAAAACUACAGUCAAUCAUGGCUCUUAUUAUUCAGAAAUGGUUGAUGAUAAAAAGCAUAUAAUGCGACAUUUAGCAUCUGAUUGUGUUACUGUUUUGGCAAAUGUGUUCAUCAGUGAAAACAAACCUUCGAAAGAGAUCAAGAUUGUUGCUUCUAAGCGAGUUGAUAAACGAGGAGAAAGCUUGACCAUCGCUAUUCGAGAUAUUUUACGAAUAGCUUAUCCUGAAAAGGCUAUUUCCAUGGGAGGAAUGUUUUUGGCUCGUAAGGGUAAAAUCAACAUUCAUGUUAUGCCAAACGACUUUUCAAAAACACCUUGUGAUACUGAGGAGAAGGUUAAUGAAUGGUUGAAAUAUUUUGAGGCUUCAGCGCCAAUUGUUGGUCUUGUCACUCUUCAUUCAAAAGAUCCUGGUUUUAAUUUCAGAGACGAGCACACUCAUUGUAUCGGUAAAGGAGAGGGAGGACAUUAUCAUCAUGAUACUACUCCAGAUACAAUUGAAUAUGAAGCUUACCUUAACAUUGCCCAGAAAAUAGUUCGAAUUGAUCAACCUGCUCUUAACAAUGAAAUACCAAGGUAAUACACAAGUAGCACAUCUAUGUGUAUUAUUAUAACUAUUAUCAAUUAAGUAAAUUAUAUGCAAUUUCAAUAAUAACUAACUUAAUUAUAUAAAAAUAUCAAGGCUAGUAAGCACUAAAUAUAUUGUGUAUCUAAAGAAUUAGGUAAAUCUAAAGUAAACUUUACUAUUGAUCUGAUCCAAUUGAACCGAAAUAUAAUGAUCGAAGAAUGAUGAACAAUGAACUAAACACUAUUCAAAAGUUGUAUUCCUUAUGCUAAUCAUUGUCUUACUAUUAACCCGAUGAAUUGUAUGUUAUUAA